GUCAGGGCAGGGGGCGUGGCGGGAAGUUUGAAACUCGUCGCUGCGGGAGUUGACCCUCGAGCUGCUGUGCACCCAAAGGUGGAAUUGGGGCCCGGCAUCCCUCCUCCUCGCCUCGGGCGGGCCCUGCCCCCACCCUGCAACUCCUGGUUGAGAUGGGCUCAGCCAAGAGCGUCCCAGUCACUCCAGCUCGCCCUCCGCCGCACAACAAGCAUCUGGCCCGAGUGGCGGACCCCCGCUCGCCUAGUGCUGGCAUCCUGCGCACUCCCAUCCAGGUGGAGAGCUCUCCACAGCCAAGCCUACCAGCAGGGGAACAGCUGGAGGGUUCUAUCCAUGUCCAGGACUCAGAUCCUCGCUCGCCUACCCUUGGUAUUGCACGGACACCUAUGAAGACCAGCGGCGGAGACCCUCUAAGCCCACUGGGGAAAGAGCUGAGCAAAGUACUGGAGACUGAAGCCCCCUCAUCGGUUUUUCCUCCAGAACCUGUUCUGCCCCUGGAGGCACCUUCGUCUUCUGAACUGGACUUGCCUCUGGGUGCCCAGUUAUCCCUUGGGGACCAGAAGCCACCUUAUAACCAGACGGAGCUCCCCUCCAAACAGGUGUCUUCCAAGCAGGAAGCAAGUCAGCCCACAGAAGCCCCUGUGGCCAGCCAGAGCUCGGACAAGCCCUCGAGAGACCCUGAGACGCCCCGAUCUUCAGGUUCCACGCGUAACAGACGGAAGCCACAGGGCAAGGUACUAGGGAGGUCCCCCCUCACCGUCCUGCAGGAUGACAACUCCCCCGGGACCCUGACACCGCGACAGGGUAAGCGGCCUUCCCCGCUCAGUGAAAACGUUAGGGAACCAAAGGAAGGACCCGCUCUUGGAACCGGACAGCUUCCGAAAACGGGAGGACGAGCAUGGGCACAAGGCCAGGACCACGACAAGGAGAACCAGCACUUUCCCUUGGUUGAGAGCUAGGCCCUGCACAAGCCCAGCGCCGGGUUACCCAGGGCCUGGUGACGUUCUCUGUCCUCUCACCCCUCCUUGCUGGGAGACGAGGGAGGGCCUGUUUUCUUUGACGGCUCCUCGACUACCAGGCUUGGAUGGAGAGCUCUGUCGGGCUUGCUUUGUGUCUCGUGUGUUUCUUGUAUAUUAAAGGAAGUGAUUUUAAAUGAUGCCUUAGAA